CGUGUAGUCCGUGCAUAUAGUUGCGAAUCAUAUUAUUUUUUGUGAAAAACGAACAAAACGAAAGCCAAAUUCAAUUAAACGGUAGCAAAAAUUACCUAAAUUGUCUAUUGUGUACGUUUACGUCUGCGUGUGCGUUAUUGUGAGGCUGAUAAACGCCUGCACGACUUUUCAAUAUUCAUAGUGUUAACUUAAAGCCGCAAAGUGGAUACCGAUAACGUGAAAAUCGAGGAUUUGAUGGACUCUGAUCCUGACAUAGAGUUCAUUGAAAAGGAUAGUGGAAUGUCCUCAUUGGGUGGUAGCAAGGAUGAAACACCUGAGCGGCGCACAGUUGCUACUACAUCAAACAAUCCACAGGACGGGGGUGAGAACUAUGAUGACGAACCCGAUGAGAGCGUCGGUGAACGCAUGUGGGGAUUGACCGAAAUGUUUCCGGAAUCUGUCCGCAAUUUCGCCGGCAAAGUGACCAAUGCCACGGUAAAGAGCUUCCGCAGCGUUUACCAGUUUUCGUGCAAUGCAUCGUGGAUAUUCUUUACAAGCUCCGUUAUAUUGUUUGCGCCAGUCAUCUUUGAGACCGAGCGUGCUCAGAUGGAGGAACUACACAAGUCGCAGCAGAAGCAAGUGCUUCUUGGUCCUGGCAGUGCCAUGGCCGCAUCUGGACCAGCGCCCAAUUUACCAUUGAUUCGUUAGUUUACAUUAUUUACAUUAUUAGCUGCAUAACGAAAGCGAAUCCAAAUAACGAAAAAUGCCAGAAGUUAGUUUAAGUUACACACCCAUGAAUGCGAUACCCAGCCACCCUCGCAUACAAUAGCUAAAUUUCAAAAUAAUGGACAACCCAAUUUAAUAUCCCAUAGCAUACCUGGAAGCCUCAGCAUUUACGCGAACUAUAUGGCACAGCCUACUUUACUAGCGUUUACGACUGUUUUUCAGCAUUGCAAUCACAGCAACACAUUAAGCAUAGAGCAUUCAGCCAUUAACAAAACAUACAGUAAAGAUAUACUUUCGAGCAGUUGUGAAAAUUCAAAUAGGACUUUUUAGUACUGUAGAUGGUGUAUACUAAAAUAACAAAUACUGUUUAAACAAAAUUUAAUAAAAAAAUAUGUUUAUUAAGAGUUAA